CCCCUAGAGACCAACCUCAGACUAUUGUUAGACUUACAUAGUCCGGACAUGGAUAGUCUGGCAAAGCAUGAUCUGUUGAAACUGUCUGGGCCUCUCUAGAGCAGAAAUCUACCCAAUAUGCCUUACAACAUUGCGAUGGUCAGUGACUUCUUCUUCCCACAACCAGGGGGUAUUGAAAGCCACAUAUACCAAUUAUCGACCAAGCUCAUCGACCGUGGCCAUAAAGUAAUCAUCAUUACCCAUGCGUACAAGGGCCGUACGGGUGUUCGAUACCUUACAAAUGGCCUGAAAGUCUACCAUGUACCUUUCCUUGUCAUAUACCGUGAAUCGACAAUGCCAACUGUUUUCUCCUUCUUCCCUAUAUUCCGCAACAUCGUCAUUCGCGAACAGAUUCAGAUCGUGCACGGACACGCAAGCUUGAGUAGUUUCUGCCAUGAAGCCAUCCUGCAUGCCCGAACUAUGGGUUUGCGGACGGUCUUCACCGAUCAUUCACUGUUUGGAUUUGCCGAUGCAGGAUCAAUUCUUACGAAUAAAUUGCUGAAGUUUACGUUAAGUGAUGUAGACCAUGUCAUCUGUGUCAGCCAUACAUGCAAAGAGAACACGGUUCUUCGAGCGUCCUUGGACCCGCUAAUGGUUUCCGUAAUCCCAAAUGCGGUGGUCGCGGAAAACUUUCGACCUUUAGAGCAAGGGGGGCCGCCACGGGCAAUGGGACCGAAUGACAUUAUCACUAUCGUCGUAAUUUCGCGCUUGUUCUAUAAUAAGGGAACUGAUCUUUUGAUCGCCACGAUCCCGAGAAUUCUUUCCUCCCAUCCGAAUGUGCGGUUCAUUAUCGCUGGCUCAGGGCCCAAGGCCAUUGAUUUGGAGCAGAUGCUAGAACGCAAUGUGCUUCAAGACAAAGUAGAAAUGCUCGGUCCAGUUCGUCAUGAAGAAGUUCGAGAUGUUAUGGUCCGAGGCCAUAUAUACUUACACCCCAGUCUAACGGAAGCCUUUGGGACUGUUCUAGUCGAAGCCGCCAGCUGUGGCCUCUAUGUGGUGUGUACACGGGUCGGUGGCAUCCCAGAGGUUCUUCCCCAGCAUAUGACCACUUUUGCCAAACCUGAAGAGGACGAUCUUGUCAUGGCCACUAGCAAAGCCAUUGCCGCGUUACGCUCCAACAAGGUACGUACUGAUCGAUUUCACGAUCAGGUGAAGAUGAUGUACUCCUGGACCGAUGUGGCCCAGCGCACAGAACGUGUAUACGAAGGGAUUCAGGGGGAUAUAAGUCCUGAGGAGUUUUACGGAUAUUAUCCCGGUCAAGGUUGGGAGGCGAGCGGUGAUAGAGUACGCAGCUUUGCUCUCAUCGACCGAUUGAAGCGCUACUACGGUUGUGGAGUGUGGGCAGGCAAACUGUUUUGCCUUUGCGUGGUCAUCGAUGUCUUGAUCUACGUCUUUUUGGAGAUGUGGUUUCCCCGCGCGAAUAUUGAUAUUGCUCGCAGUUGGCCAAAGAAGCUGAAACAGAAAGAGCUCGCCGACACGACCAGAAACGGUGCAGAUCGUAUUGAAUCGGCCUCCUGACUCAAACCAACAAUGCGUUUACCAGCUUUGCACAUCUAUUCGGUUACGAAUAUGUUUUCGAUUCGCUCAAACUGACAAAACACCGUGAUACCCAUGCUCAUCAUAAGUUAUGGUACAUUAAGGCAUUGUAGCAAAUAUUUUUUAUCAAACUCCUUGCUGGCUCCGAUCCUUUAGAGACCCUGGCCAGGGUUCUUGCGGUGCGCUUGGCCGUCAUGGCGGAGCUCCGUGCUGGUCUGGCCGGAACCGGGGUGGCCCAACCCGGUGUGUACAUCCUGGGAGGUCGCUCCCAUCAACGUCUGCUCGGCUGUUGUCUUGACCGAUUCUUUUCCGUGGGAGCGCUCAACAUUAGGGUUCUUGGCUUGGCUGCCUGGUUCGUUCUGGGCGUUGGGAGUGUACGAGUUGCUAGCGGGAGCAGUGCCGGGAGGGUAUGUCUCGGCGUGGAAUUCAGGGGCGUAAUCUUUCGGAGAGACCUUAAGGCCGGGCUGGUGGCCCUUGUCUGUGAGAGGCUCCGAACUGCCCGCAGACGGGCGGAAACCCUGCUUAGGGUUGUUGUCGGGGUGGACGUUUUGGAGAGUGCUCAUAAUGAAGGUUUUGAGUAAGAGGUGUGGGUGAUAGAAUGGAGAGAUUGGUUUGAUUCAAUUCGUGAAGAACAAAU